AUGUCCUGCCCGCACAUCAAUUCCACAGAUCUCCGCCCCCCACGAGCCAACCAGAGCGUAUAUCGCGAAGAUUGCACACAAUGCUUCGACUCCCAGGAUGACGAGGCAGGUUUAGAUGUCUGCUUGCACUGCUUCAACGGAGGAUGUGCAGGCGACCGUAACCACUCUCUUCUCCAUCACUCUCUCACCAACCACCCUCUUGUACUCAACAUCAAACGCACACGGAGACAAAUUCUACGGGAUGAACCCCCACCGAAGUUGACCAAACUUGCCAUUGCUGCUGAGACAGAAGAGGAUAAAUAUGACACAGUGACGCAGGUCAAAUGCCAUGCAUGCCAAAUCGAGGAUGUGGGUAGUUCUACAGGAAACCUGCCUGCGGUGGUAGAUGGUGUCAUGAAGGCUAUGACUUUUGCUAAACAAGAGGAAGUCAAAGCCUGGGAACAAGAUUUUACUCAGUGUGAACAUACUCUCUGCCUAGCGCAACAGCCUAGCAGACAGAUUGAAUCGCAAGACUUGGGCGGAUGCUCUCAGUGCGAUCUCAAAGAAAACCUGUGGCUCUGUCUCGAAUGUGGAAAUCUUGGGUGCGGCCGAGCGCAGGUUGGUGGUGCGAGUGGCAACUCUCAUGGAUUGACCCAUGCUACAGAAACACAGCAUGCUGUGGCAGUCAAACUAGGCUCUAUCACCCCAGAAGGCAAUGCGGAUGUCUACUGCUACCAUUGUAAUGAAGAGCGGAUCGAUACCGACCUGGCCAAGCACCUCGCGCAUUGGGGCAUCAACAUUACUGAACGCGAGAAGACAGAGAAGAGUUUGAUGGAAAUGCAAGUGGAACACAACUUGAAAUGGGAUUUCUCGAUGACUGCCGAGGACGGGCAAGAGCUUAAACCAUUAUUUGGACCAGGGUUUACUGGUCUGAAGAAUAUUGGCAACAGUUGCUACUUGGCUAGCACGGUCCAGUGUCUGUUCUCUAUCCCCGACUUCCGGCAGAGGUACUACCACCCCGAUCAGCCCCCACCUGGUGCAAACCUUCCAGCCGAGGAUUUGGAAACGCAGUUGCGCAAGCUGGCAGAUGGCGUCUUGUCUGGCCGCUACUCACGCCCUGAGACUUCGAUCCAGGCAUCUCCAGAUAACGUAGAAGUCCCUCAUCAGAAAGGCCUCUCACCGGCGAUGUUCAAACAUUUGAUUGGACGGGGACACGAAGAGUUUUCGACCAUGAGGCAACAGGACGCCUUUGAGCUAUUGCUCCAUCUGUUCAAACUCAUCAAUAUGUCCAAUCACGCAGACCCCACAGCAGAUCCCGUGCAGUCCUUCCGCUUUGCCCUUGAACAGCGCUUACAGUGUCUAAGUUGUCGGCGGGUGCGGUAUCGAAUAGAUGAGCAGGACAACAUCUCGAUUCCCGUGCCCGUCCGGCGGAAAGCAGCAAGCAAUGGAGACGGUGCCAAAGGAUCGGAAUUCGAGCCGGUGUCGCUCAAGGAAUGCCUGGAUAUUUUUACCUCGUCAAGCACAGUCGAAUUGACGUGUCCAUCGUGUGGAUCCAAGGCUGGAUUUUCCAAAUCAUCCAAGUUCAAGACCUUUCCUAAAAACCUUGCUAUCAACCCUCUUCGAUUCGAAGUCAUCAACUGGGUCCCCACCAAGCUUGACAUCCCUGUUCAAGUUACUGACGAGUCAUUUAACCUGAGCCAAUACAAGUCAGAUGGACUGCAGGUUGAUGAAGAUGAAUUGCCAGAGGACGCAGAUGUGGGCGGUGGAUCGACAAAUACGGCUGCCUUUGUACCGAACGGAGAGGCGCUUGGUCAGCUUGAAUCAAUGGGUUUCCCCCGAAAUCGCUGCGAAAGAGCUCUCCAUGCCACAGGGAAUGCAGAUGCAGAGGCGGCCAUGAAUUGGCUAUUCUCUCAUAUGGAUGACGCGGAUAUUGACGAGCCUCUGAAUCUCGGUGGAGCAGCAGCCUCAACAAAUGACGAUGCGGACAAAAUCGCCCAGCUCGGAGAUAUGGGCAUCAGUGUGCCACAAGCACGUAAGGCGCUGCGAGAGUGCGGCGGAGAUGUCAAUCGAGCAUUGGAUUGGGUAUUUAGCCAUCCGGAUGACCAAGGCGAUUUUGGGGAUGAAGCGAGCACAGAAGCGGCGGGGCCACCAGCAGCCAAAAUACUUCCAGGAAGUGAGGAGGUACCGGCCAAUUUUGAACUGGAAAGCAUUGUAUGUCAUAAGGGAGCGAGCAUUCAUGCUGGGCAUUAUGUUGCAUUUAUUCGGAAAGCGAUUCCUGGGGCAGAAAAAGAUCGGCAAUGGGUUCUGUUCAAUGAUGAAAAGGUGGUCAAGGCGGUCGAUGUGGAUGAAAUGAAGAAGUUUGCAUAUAUCUACUUCUUUUCGCGGAGUUAA